UGCGGGCUCCGGCCGUUGCCUGAGGGCGCUCAUACCCGGCUGGAGCCUCGACUUCCUUCCCCGGUCCAGACCUCGUUGCUGUCCGGGGACGCCACUGGAUCUUCUCCUGGAUCCUUUCCCUCCUUAACCUGCAGAUUUUCUUUUUCCUUCCUCCCUGGCUCCGGUCUCCCAGCUCCGCGUUUCCCUCACCUACUCCCGGCCCCCAUAGCCGGCCAUCCUCAGCAUCCCACCUUACGCCCUCCUGGCUUCUGCCCCUCCUUGACCUCAAAUCCCUUGAUUAACAAGUCCCCGUCAUAACCCUCUCGCCAGACUCUCCUAAACUCAUAUUUCUUCUCUCUUUGCCAUCUCCUGACUCCCAAAUUCCAGCUAACCCUUGACCUCUUGACAUUUGACCCUGACACUCUUGACUCCAGACUUCUGCAUUUCUACCUCCUGCAGCCUGGACUGCUGGAACUGAGGCUUUCCCCUGAUUUUCUGACUCCGUUUCUGAAGCUCAUUUUAACUUUCUUACCCCUGGGCCAGUUCCUGCUACUGCUGUCCCACCAUGGACUUCUUGAUGAGCGGCCUGGCAGCCUGUGGGGCCUGUUUGUUCACCAAUCCCCUGGAGGUGGUGAAGACCAGAAUGCAGCUGCAGGGAGAACUUCAGGCCCCCGGGACCUACCGACGACACUACCGAAACGUCUUCCAUGCCUUCAUCACCAUCGGCAAGGUGGACGGCCUGGCAGCCCUGCAGAAGGGCCUGGCCCCUGCCCUCUUAUACCAGUUCCUGAUGAACGGCAUCCGGCUGGGCACCUACGGGCUGGCUGAAGCUGGGGGCUGCCUGCACACAGCUGAAGGCACCCUGAGCCCUGUCCGCAGCGCAGCAGCUGGGGCCCUGGCUGGGGUCAUGGGAGCCUACUUGGGGAGCCCCAUCUACAUGGUGAAGACACACCUACAGGCACAGGCAGCCACAGAAAUUGCUGUGGGGCACCAGUAUAACCACCAGGGCAUGUUUCAGGCGCUAAUCAAGAUUGGCCAGAAAUAUGGUCUGGUGGGGUUGUGGCGUGGGGCCCUGGGCGGCCUGCCCCGAGUUAUCGUCGGUUCCUCCACCCAGCUGUGCACCUUCUCGUCCACCAAGGACCUCGUGACCCAGUGGGAGAUAUUUCCACCCCAGAGCUGGAAGGUGGCUCUGGUGGCCGCCAUGGUGAGUAGCAUUGCGGUGGUCCUGGCCAUGACACCCUUUGACGUGGUCAGCACAAGGCUCUACAACCAGCCCACAGAUGCUCAGGGCAAGGGCCUCAUGUACCGGGGCUUGCUGGAUGCUCUGCUGCAGACAGCUCGGAUAGAGGGCAUUUGGGGCAUGUACAAGGGUAUAGGUGCCUCCUACUUCCGCCUCGGCCCCCACACCAUCCUCUCCCUCUUCUUCUGGGACCAGCUGCGCACACUCUACUACGUGUAUACCAAAUAACAACAGCCACUCUUCCAACACUCCACCAAGUCGGCACUCCUUCGACUCUUCUGACUCCAUUGUUAUGACCUGGUGACUUCUGACCAGAUCAUCCAUCAGAGGGCGACCACCAACCCCACUCCCCAUCUGUUUUCUCAGGGUUGAAUCCCUACAAGGGAUCGUUUCCCUCCCUUUCUUGGGUGUUGCUUUAAACCUUCCCUACCCGUACCCCUGUGAAUUUCACACCCCUCUCUCAGGGCUGAACCAGUCACUGCAAAGUGUAUUUCCUCCCUUCCUCCACUGCCGGCCUUGGGUCCCUUCUGAUCCCAUGCACAAUUUUAAACUCCACCGUCCAAGACCAAAGGGAAUUGGGGGGACCCAGGUGUUCUGUUGGAUUCAAAGGCGCAGAGAUUAUAUUGGUUAUAAAGCAAGUUUAUUUCUGCAGA